CGAACCACGAUGAGGCAAGCACGCGUCAGCGUCGCCUCCGACACCCGACGUACGUGCGCCGCGACGUAAACACGAGUGAAGUGAACUAUUAACGAUAAUGUCUCAAUAAUAACCGACUGACUCGAUCCCAGUGAAUAAGUGACUGUUAAUUACUGUCUCGAUUUGAUAGUUAGAGACAAAUGUGUUUGGAAAAUGUUUCAAUUGCUGACUCUUUUGUUAGUGAGUUUGAGUGUUAAUGCCGCAUAUGCACCGAGAGGCGUGGAUAAUUGCAGCCGAUUGCCGAAAGGUGACCAAGGUGGCACCUUAUGCCGGGUGCGGACACUCGAUGCCGAUGGAUCCAGUUUGGCAUCUGCGCCCGCGGAACACACGAAGCGGCUUACCGUGGAGUGCAACCAGCUGCUGCUCUUUGAAAGUUACCUGGAAGCAAACUAUUUCCAAAGGUUCUCGUCGCUCUCCGAGUUGAUUGUUCGCAACUGCAAACUACUUCGAGUGCCAGGCAAUGCAUUCGAAGGACUUCGCGACCUGAAAAAGUUAUCGAUACGCUCUAAAAACAGUGACUGGAGCCCGAACAAGAAUUUAGAGCUAUCUCUUGGAACUUUUAACGGGUUAAGAGAACUACAACACCUGGAUUUGGGCGAUAAUAACUUGAAAUCUAUUCCAUCAGAUGUUUUCUGUCCCUUGGAUAAUCUUCAGGCGUUAAACCUUACGAAUAACAAAAUCAAAAGUGUAGACCGCCUCGGUUUCGGGAAAAGCUGCGGUUCCGGCCUUCGAAGUUUAGACUUAAGCCACAAUGAACUUAAGUCCUUAACAGAGGAGUCGGAAAUUACGGUAUUAAGAAGACUUCAAGAACUACGGCUCCAGCAUAAUAAUAUCAGCGAUAUUUCAAGUGAAACGUUUAAUGGACUUAUUCCGUUACGAAUAUUAAACAUUUCCUACAAUAACCUUCAGUCGAUACCUGAGGGCACGUUCGCGAACACGAAAGAGUUGCGAGAAGUGUAUUUGAAUAAUAACCAGCUAUUUGAGUUGGCCAGAGGCGUAUUCCACCGAUUAGAGCAGCUGCUUGUCUUAGAUUUAUCGAAUAAUCAGCUUUCUAGCGCUCAUAUAGACGGCGGGACGUUUAUUGGCCUUAUACGCUUAGUCAUUCUGAAUUUAUCCAAUAAUGCUUUGACGAGGAUAGAUGGUAAGACGUUCAAAGAUUUAUUCUUUCUCCAGAUACUAGAUUUAAGAAACAACUCAAUUGGAUACAUUGAAGAGAAUACUUUCCUUCCUUUGUACAAUUUGCAUACAUUAAAUUUAGCUGAGAACCGUUUACAUACGAUAGACGAAUAUUUGUUCAAUGGUUUGUUUGUAUUGAGUAAAUUGAAUUUGAAUAAUAACUUAUUGAUAAACAUAGAUCCUAAAGCUUUUAAAAAUUGUUCAGACUUAAAAGAAUUAGAUUUAAGUUCUAAUCAACUUCAUGAAGUACCGUCAGCAAUAUGGGAACUAUCUCUUUUGAAAACUUUAGAUCUAGGCGAGAACUUAAUUACUGAUAUUAAAAAUGGUUCGUUUAGGAAUUUAGAUCAGUUAACCGGGCUAAGACUAAUUGAUAAUCAGAUUGGUAAUCUCACCAUCGGCAUGUUUUGGGAUUUGCCAAGUUUACAAGUUCUGAACUUAGCUAAAAAUAAGGUACAAGCUGUUGAGAGAGGAAGUUUUCAAAGGAAUAAGCAACUGGAAGCAAUCAGAUUAGACGGGAAUUUUGUGUCAGAUAUAAAUGGAGUAUUUUCAACGUUGCUAAGUUUGUUAUGGCUUAAUUUAUCUGAAAAUCAUCUUGUUUGGUUUGAUUACGCAUUUAUACCUAGCAAUUUGAAAUGGCUUGAUGUACACGGCAACUUCAUAGAGCACUUGGGCAACUAUUACAAACUCCAAGAUGAAAUUCAUAUAAAAACAUUAGACGUAAGCCACAAUCGUAUCGUAGAAAUAUCCCCCUUAGCCAUUCCCAAUAGCGUCGAAUUGUUGUUCAUAAACAAUAACCACAUAAAUAACAUCCAAGUAAACACGUUUAUGGAGAAACGCAAUCUCACAAGAGUUGAUAUUUACGCAAAUGAGAUAUCUCAUUUAGAUAUAAACAGCCUCCGGUUGUCCCCAGUUCCUUCGAACAAGUCUCUGCCAGAGUUCUAUAUAGGAGGAAAUCCGUUUAACUGUGAUUGCUCGAUGGAAUGGUUGCCAUUGAUAAACAAUAUGACUGCAAUGAGGCAACACCCGCGCAUAAUGGAUCUAGAGAAUGUUUUGUGCAAAAUGACGCAUGCAAGAGGCGUCACCCAUAUCCCAUUGAGCAAUUUGAAGUCGACAGACUUCUUGUGUACAUACGAAACGCAUUGUUUCACACUCUGCCAUUGUUGCGACUAUGUAGCUUGCGAUUGCCAAAUGACGUGCCCAAAUAAUUGUUCCUGUUAUCACGACCCCACUUGGCACACCAACGUGGUGGAUUGCUCCAGCCAACGAGCUGUUGAAAUACCAGAAAAGAUACCUAUGGACGCUACCGAGGUCUACUUAGACGGGAAUGACUUUAAAGAAUUGCAAAAUUAUGCAUUCAUCGGCAGAAAAAAUAUGAGAUCACUUUAUGUAAAUUCGAGUGAAGUUGAAAACAUACAGAAUAGGACGUUCGCCGGUUUAUCCUCCCUCAUUAUUUUGCAUCUCGGAAACAAUAAACUGAAACAUUUAAAUGGCUUUGAGUUUGAACAUUUGACGCAGCUUAAUGAAUUGUAUUUGCAAGAUAACUUCAUCAGUCACAUAGCGAAUUCAACUUUUUCCACUUUGCAUUCGCUUAAAAUUUUGAGGCUAGACGGAAAUAGAUUAGUCGAUUUUGCCGUUUGGACCUUAAAUAGUAAGCCAAAUUUAAAUGCAAUCGCUUUAGGAAAUAAUAUUUGGUCGUGUAAAUGUAGAUAUUUGCAAAGAUUCACUGCGUUUAUAUCUGAUAAUGUCCCUAAGAUAAUUGACGUAGCCGACGUGUGGUGCUGGAAUACUGACUCCCCGACGCCACAAAAGAAAGAACUCAAUCUAAAUGGCACAAUAUGCAGCGACUAUUACGCGGGAGAUUCUGUUAUAGAUAACAUGUUGGUCUCAAAUUACAUGCCCAUGAUGGUAACUACGCUCACUGGAUUCAUGUUGAUCAUGCUAGUCAUCCUUUUGAUUUUCUUGUUUAGAGACACGAUUCGCAUAUGGCUUUAUACAAGCUGCGGAAUAAGAUUGUUCCCAUUCACUGGAGCGUACGACGACACUGAUAAAUUAUACGAUGCUUAUGUCUGCUACAGCCCAAAGGAUGAUGAUUUUGUUAUUCAAACGUUAGCCGCUGAGUUGGAAAAUGGGAGACCUCUAUACAAACUCUGUUUACAUUACAGAGAUAUACCUCAACACGGCUCCGCGUACAUGCAGUAUACGUUACCUAUACCUGAAGCUGCGGAGGCGUCUAAAAGAAUUAUUUUAGUUGUCACAAGAAAUUUCCUAGAAACGGAAUGGUCUCGAUUAGAUUACCGGCAAGCUCUACACAACAUUUUAAAAUCUCGAAUUUACACCUUAGUCAUAAUAGAGGAGAGUUCAAUAUUCCCAGAAGCUGAGUGUGAUCCAGAUCUGAGGCCAUACUUGAAAACCGGUUUGCGGAUAAGGUGGGGCCAAAAUAAGUUUUGGGAGAAUUUGCGAUAUGCGAUGCCGAACAGGAAGUUAAAGUCGAAGUCGUCUAGUUAUAGGAACAAUAUAAACUCAUAUACGAUGAGAAGUGGUAUGCAGAAUGGUACAAUGAGAUCAUUUUCGUUUACCGAGAAAAUGCGAGGGUCCGCAGAUGGCGUUAGUGCGACGCCUGAGUUUAGUGAAGAUAGAGGGCAGCAGUUGCAAUCUCAUAUUAUUCCUGCUUAUGGACCUGAUGGGAGACCUCCCUCAGAUCAUAUUUAUUCCUCGAUAGAUUCAGAUUACUCGUCGUUAGAGUUAGGAGGUAAUAAUCCGAAUAGAAGAAGGGAUUUUCGGCAAUGGCCGCCCCCGCCGCCCCUCAUUGACACCCAAUCGUCAGGCCAAGCCUAUCUCGUCUAGUCUAUGUGCUUACAAACUCAUUGAUACCUAAAUUAUAGAACUCAUUUAGUCAAGCUUCAUGUGAAUAUUGUACCUAUUAUUGCGACGCGCGCUUUACCAAAAAAUUUAAUCUAUUUUUGUAUUUUCUCGCCGUUCCAAAGGGCGUUUGUUUCAUAAUUUUGGUGUAAAUACAUUCUAUAAGACUGCUGUAGUAUAUUAUGAUUGUGAAUUUGUAUAUAAUGUGUAAAUAAAUGUCCAUAUAAGUCACGAGUAUACUAUUUAUAUACUUUAAUAAAGCCAUUGUGAUAAUUUUUGCA